GAGGAUAAGGUCCACAUGCCAGUGGACUGCAUCAGCAUCCGCAUGGGACAUGAAUGUCAGGAUAUUCAGCCUCCAGAUGGGAAGGCAAAAGACUGCUGCAGAUUGUUUGCCGAGAUGGGAAAAACCAUCAGUCUUUGUGCAGAAAGCACAGAUGAUUAUUUGGCCUGGAAAUGUACACUUCAGGAUGCCAGGACAAACACAGCUUAUGUUGGCUCAGAAGUCCUGUACGAUGAGACUGCCGUGGCUUCCUCCCCACCUCCUUACGCAGCCUAUGCUGCACCAGCCCCUGAGCAAGCAUGUGGCUAUGGUCCAUACAGUGGUGCACACCCGCCAGGAACUCAAGUUGUCUAUGCUGCGAACGGGCAGGCUUAUGCCGUACCCUAUCAGUGCCCGUAUGCCGGACUUUACGGACAGCAGCCUGCCAACCUAGUCACCAUUCGUGCGCAGUAUCGAGACAAUGACAGUGACCUGGCGUUGGGCAUGCUGGCUGCAGCAGCCACAGGCAUGGCCUUAGGGUCCCUGUUCUGGGUCUUCUAG